GGCCGGGCCCUCCUGGGGUCUCGGUGGGGGCAGAGCCACGCGGGAGCCACACCCCGAACCCGACGGCGCCCCCCUCGGUGAGCUCUCCUGGUCGUCCUCCCUGGCCGUGGUGGCGGUGUCCUUCUCCGGCCUCUUCACAGUCAUCGUCCUCAUGCUGGCCUGCCUGUGCUGUAAGAAGGGCGGCAUCGGCUUCAAGGAGUUUGAGAAUGCCGAGGGGGACGAGUAUGCGGCGGACUUCGCGGCCCAGGGCUCCCCAGCCGCCGCUGCCCAGAACGGGCCCGACGUGUACGUCCUGCCGCUCACCGAGGUGUCCCUGCCCAUGGCCAAGCAGCCUGGCCGCUCAGUCCAGCUCCUCAAGUCCGCAGACCUGGGUCGGCACAGCCUCCUGUACCUGAAGGAGAUUGGCCACGGCUGGUUCGGGAAGGUGUUCCUGGGGGAGGUGCACUCGGGCGUGAGCGGCACGCAGGUGGUGGUGAAGGAGCUGAAGGCCAGCGCCAGCGUGCAGGAGCAGAUGCAGUUUCUGGAGGAGGCCCAGCCCUACAGGGCUCUGCAGCACAGCAACCUGCUCCAGUGCCUGGCACAGUGCGUGGAGGUGACGCCCUACCUCUUGGUGUUGGAGUUCUGCCCGCUGGGGGACCUCAAGGGCUACCUGCGGAGCUGCCGGGCGACAGAGGUCAUGGCGCCCGACCCGCUGACCCUGCAGCGCAUGGCGUGUGAGGUGGCCUGUGGUGUCCUCCACCUGCAUCGCAACAGCUACGUGCACAGCGACCUGGCCCUGCGGAGCUGCCUGCUCACAGCUGCCAUGUCGGUGAAGAUCGGCGACUACGGCUUGUCUCACUGGAAGUACAGGGAGGACUACUUCGUGACCGCGGACCAGCUCUGGGUGCCGCUGCGCUGGAUCGCGCCCGAGCUGGUGGACGAGGUGCAUGGCAACCUGCUCGUGGUUGACCAGACGAAGGCCAGCAACGUGUGGUCCCUGGGUGUGACCAUCUGGGAGCUGUUCGAGUUGGGUGUGCAGCCCUAUCCCCAGCACUCGGACCGGCAGGUGCUGGCCUAUGCUGUCCGCGAGCAGCAGCUCAAGCUGCCGAAGCCCCAGCUGCCCCUGGCCCUGUCUGACCGCUGGCUGGCCAUGGAGCCCCUGCUGGGCCGCGUGCUGCCCACGGACGGCCCGUGGGGCGGCCGUGACCACCACCACCUGCGCAGGGGUUGCGCCCAGGGCCCGCCCUGCCACGCUCGCUCACCCUCGCCCACAGCCCCGAUGCUGGCAGACACCGGAGAGGAUGAUGCGGACUGGGGUGUGGCCUUCUGCCCGCCCUUUGAGGACCCACUGGGCACCUCUCCCUUGGGGAGCCCGGGGGCCCCGCCAUCCCAGGACGAGGAGGAGCCAGGGGAGGCUGAGGCUCGGAGGGCCACCCAGCGUGGACACUGGAGCUCCAACACGUCGUCCAACAACAACAGUGGGAGCCGCGACCCGGAGUCCUGGGACCCGGGCUAUGCGGGUAGUUUCACAGACAGCUUCGCGGAUGACCGCCUCAGCCCCCCCCAGACCCCACCGGCCUCCCCAGAGGCCGGCCGCCCCCCAGAACAGGAGGACCCGGGAGGGUCUCUGCCUAGGCCACACGCAGCCUGGCCUGGCCGGGAGCCAGGCCGCUGCCUCGGCCUUCCCUCCCUGCGCCCUGCCCCGGCCGUGGCCCCCGCCUCGCUCCCCUGGACAGAGGAGGCCGUGGGUGGGGGGCACAACCCCCAGGGGGAGCCCGUGCUUGCCCGCGAGGCCAUGGGCGUCGCAGGGCCCCCGCUGCCCCUUCCUUCUGUCCCCUCCCCCUCCCGCGAGGGAGCCCCGCUGCCCGCGGAAGAGGCCAGCGCUCCCCACGUCCUUCCCACCUCACCCACACCUGCGGGCGGAGUGGCCACCGCCCCCGGUGCCGGCAGCCCCACUCCCGAGCCGGCGGUGCCCGGCAGCCCCGCUCCGGAGCCGGCGGUGCCCGGCAGGGAGGAGGAGGGCAGCACGGGGGCCACCUCGGGCGUCUUUAUCGACCUGUCCGGGGAGGGCCCCCCGGCUGGGAAGCCAGACGCCGUGUCGGCCCCACUGUGCGCGCGGCAGAAGCCAGCAGGGACCCCUGACUCCUUGGACUCGCUGGACACCCCGUUGGCAGCUAGCGAUGGUGGCUGUGAGGUCCUGAGCCCGUUGGCCACCGCCCCCGCCGCCGGGCAGCCCCGCGCGCUGGACAGCGGCUACGACACGGAGAACUACGAGUCUCCUGAGUUUGUGCUCAAGGAUGCCCACGACACAAAUGAGGAGCCAGCCUCCGGAGGCGAGAGCCCGGGGCCUGAGACCCGGCUCCCCGCCGCCCCGGGCGGCCUGGGUGAGAAGAACCCCUAUCGAGACUCGGCCUACUUCUCCGAUCUGGACGCUGAGCCGGAGGCCCCCCUGGACUCUGAGAAAUGCAGUGAGGCCCAACUGUCCCCACUGGAGCUGGGCCUGAAGAGCCCGGCGCAGGCCGCCCCGGCUCCCACUGGGCCCGGAGGGCCGAGGGUGGCACCAGGUUCUGGCCUGGAGGAGGUGCUGUCCCCCGGCAGCUCCAGGUCAGAGCCUCCUGGGGACCAAACGCCAGUCGAGGUGGGGCCUUCCGAGUUUUUCCUGCUGACCCCCGUUCUGCUGAACGCGGGUGGCGGCGGCCCUGCGCCCCAGGGGCACGCCCCACUGGGCUCCCUCAGACCCCCGCUCUGCCUGGCUCUCCCCGGACACCCGAGGGCCUCGGAGGGCCCGCCGGAGGAGGAGGAGGAGGACAGCGAGGACAGCGACGCAUCGGACGAGGAGCUCCGCUGCUACAGCAUCCAGGAGCCGAGCGAGGACAGCGAGGAGGAGGCGCCGGCCGUCCCGGUGGUGGUGGCCGAGAGCGAGAGUGUGCGCAACCUGCGCAGCCUGCUCAAGACGCCCGGCCUGCUGCCCGAGAGCCUCCGUGAGGACCUGGAGCGCAGGAAGAAGGCCGUGUCCUUCUUCGACGAUGUCACGGUCUACCUCUUCGACCAGGUAGGCGGGCUCGAGUGGGACGACGAUUUCCGGCUGGCCAAGUCAAUGGACAUGGCCACGCCCCCCGCGCCGGCCACACCUCCCGCGCCGGCCACGCCCCCCGCGCCGGCCACGCCCCUCUCGCGCUUCACAGUGUCGCCCGCACCCGCGUCCCGCUUCUCCAUCACGCACGUGUCCGACUCGGAGGCCCAGUCCGUGGGAGGCAGCAACGAGGACGGUGACCGGGAAUGA